AUGGAUAUUUACGACGGGCUCCCAAAACCUGAUGUUCCGUAUGCCGUGGGUUGGCGAUUCGCAAUACAAUCGCACAUUACCCCUGCCCCAACGCCAAUCACACUCGGGUGCUGCCUCAGCGAGAAAACAGAGAGAGAGGAAAGAAUGACUCUUAAGCCAGUUGAAAGAUGCUUGCGGCACCCACCACUGGCGGGGAGCUUGGGCUCUUCCACAGUUGAUUUGGAGAUCCUUGAUCUGAUCAGAGUCGGCGACGAGCAUAAUGCCCAGGUGUUCUUGGUUAACGUCCGGGCGACCCGCUCUGACUCGGAUUAUGUACAUGUAAACCAGAAGCUCGUGGCCAAGGUGUACGAUCCUCUUUAUCUUGACGACGAUGAUGGUUAUGUCAACCCAUUUUCCUGCGUGGACCAGCACUACACUCACGAGGUGCACGCGUACCAUGUGCUGGCCCGGUUUCAAGGCAACCUCAUUCCGAGGUUCUACGGUUCUUACUCCCUGGACAUUCCUUGUGACGGCUCUGAGAAGCGCACUGUGCGACUUUUUCUAAUCGAGUAUAUCCCCGGCCGAUCCAUGAGACAAGUUAAUGCAACACGAUACCCACAAGACACCCGCCAGCAGAUCAUGAAAACGGUGAUUGACUUUGAGAGUUGGGCGUAUCAGAAGGACGUGGUUCUCACUGAUCUGAGUCCUAGGAAUGUGAUGAUCGUCGGCUGCGUCUCCGAUGAGAAAAGAGGUGUCGUUUUUCUGGAUUUCGCUGGUACUGUCUUUGGCCGCAGGUUAGAUGAGCCCAUGCUCGCUGGAAGCAACCUCCUCCUCGGUCAAUAUAUUUCACCUCUUCUCCGGUGGAAGAGAGACAUAACAUGGCAGUUCGGCGAGUGGAUUGAUUGGGAGUGGAGCAGUUGGAUGGAGGCACAAUAUGGCCACACUGCUGCAUUGAUCACCGAUGAGAUGCGUGAGAAAUACUGCCAAUGAUGGAUCUAUGAGGCGAAAUGCAAUAACAACAAAGAUUCUGUUGAUCUUUGCGGGUAGGAUCUCUCGAGGUUUGCUUGGUUUCUUCAGUGACCAGCAUGACACUCCAGUGCGAAAUUAGGGGGUCAUAUCAGGUCUAGUCAGUAUAGCCCGUUACUAGGUAAGGUACUACCUAGUAGUAUACCAGUAGGUGUUGUGGUGGGCUUAAGUGUGAUGGUGGAUGCUGGAUAAGCGGGGGGGCUGACUAAGAGCAGAAUUAUGCAGCUGAUUCUGUCAGCACAAUUACCAAUGUUUGCACCGAACUCGACCUGAUCUGGAUAUUGGAUCAUUGACCGAAAUAGUCUUGAUGAUUCCAAU